AUGGCCCGUUCCGAAGGCAUCUUGAGCCUUAUGAACGGCUUCUCUGCAAGCAUGCUCCGCGAGCUUGUCUAUUCCGGCCUGCGCCUUGGGUCUUAUGAGUAUUUCAAAGACAAAAUUUAUGAUGCUUCAAGGGGUUCACUGCAUAAAGAUGGAAUUGGACUGAAAGCUGCAGCGGCCAUAGUUGCUUCUACAAUUGGAUCGGCUUCAGCCAACCCAACCGAUUUAAUCAAAGUGAGAAUGCAGGCAUACUAUCCAGAAGGUAGCCCAUAUAGAAAUAUGCGACAUGCCGUCUCGGUCGCAUGGAAAGAAGGAUCAUAUAACGCAGGCGGGGCAAUGGGCGGUUUCCGAGCACUGUACCGCGGAGUGGUCCCGAGCACCACAAGAGGUGUAAUCUUGUCAGUCUCACAAAUUUGUUCGUAUGACCAGACAAAGCAGGUGCUCAAACAAAGAGGAAUUAUGGAAGAAGGUUUAGCGUUACACUUCACGGCUAGUAUGAUUGCAGGAUUGGUUUGUUCUAUCACGUCUAAUCCUGUCGAUGUUGUCAAAGUGCGACUGAUGAAUGACAAGAAGCGGGAAUAUCUUGGAGUCUCGGAUUGCGUCAAGAUCAUUCUAAAGCGAGAAGGUCCGCUGGCAUUUUACAAAGGAUUCGGAAUGUGUUGGGCUCGGAGGCCCUUCCGUCCUACUUCGCCUGGCUCCGAUGAUGAUAUAGGGAUUGUAUCUGGCCCUUCUCGUCAGCUUUCGUAUGGUGGGCAAUCUCAGAACGCGACCACUGCAGUUCUUCGGCAGCCUGUGGGUUUCUCAUGGAAUGCACCCAAUGUACCAGGUUCAAGCGGAUCCCAUCCCCCUAUCACCUCUAACCCAACCACACAGCUUCCCCAGAGUCAAACUACUCCAGGAAAUGAGAAAUCUUCCAAAAAGAAAUCUUCCAAAGGCAAGGAGAGGGACAAGGAGAGGCGUCGAUCCACAUCCUCCCGCCGUGACAAAGGGAAUGACAAUCUACGAACUCAACAUCCUCCCAUUGCAGCCCCUCAUUUCUCGACGACAGGCACAGAUAUACCAGGCACUCGAACUGCUUUUCGUGUCGACGAUUAUGUGAACGAUCCCAGUGCUGCGGGGUUGCCAACAUCGCAGGCGACCGGGCCCUAUACUUCCGAUUAUAGAUCGAAUGGUGCAUCUACUGCAUUACAGCAGCCCACUACGCAUACUGUGCCGUUGCCUGGGCCGUUGGGGCCUGGAUCAACGUACAGGAGCGAAGAGCAAUCUAAACGGUCCUAUUAUCGUCACGACUACGAGAAACAGCGCGAUUCCGCACCAGCUCGUCGUGCAAAGCAUAAGCCCCCGAACGGUAGCUCUACUGCCAACGUGCCUGCUUUCGAUCAUCAUUCUUCUACCGACAACGCUCGGAUAUCUCAUGCUACUACCCACGGGAGUGACUGUGUUGCAUACACCCACACUGAUAACACCCAAGCAGCGUACUCAGCACCAAAUCAUGCUAAAUCGCACUCAAUUCGCGAAAAACAGGCCCGUCCUUCUACUAGCUAUACCCCUGCUGAUAUCAGCACUUCUCAUGCAAACAGCACUGUUCACAAUCCCCGUCCGUUUCCCGGCAGCAACGACUACUCUCAUGAUGUUGACGCUUAUGAUUCUGGCAUAGCGAAUGAUUACAAUAGCUAUGAGCCCGAGCGGUCAAACUCGUCGCAACCAGCCACGUUGCCGUCACCAGUUACCCCUCAGCAUGGAACUGGCUCUUCUGAACGUCAUCGCCGAUCACAAAAAUACUCCCAUAGGUCGGAAUCGCAAGCACCGAGAUCCAACGCUACUUCUUAUCCUGCUUCGUCUACUGAACCGGUCCUCACCCCCCCUGUCCGUGUCUUACGCACCGUAACACUUCUAAUCGAAGAUAAGAGAACAGGCGAGACGGAGUGUUUGUUGACGGAGGUUCGUAUUCCGCUGAAGGCAGCUGACAAUUCCGAGGACGGAUUUUGGGCUGAUGCUGUGGAACUAUGUGAUGAACUUCAGAGAGGUCCCUCGAGGAUUGACGGCCCAGCCAAGGUUUACACAAUGCGUGGAAAGUACCGCCAGUAUUUCCUGCGGGUGACAACUGAGGGUGACAAUGACUGUACCUCGGUCAAUCUUAAAGUCAAGAGAGAUAGAACGUUAGAGAUGUUUGUUGAAAAUAAUUCUGCCCCCAGUGCGAGGCCGAUAUCUGCAGCACCAAGUCCUCAGUAUAGCCCCUCUCGUUAUGGCCGCGAGCUUUUAACACCUGUGACAGACUCGAUGACAUCUUCUCCCGUUGCUGCUCCUCGUCCGGUACUUCCCUUCGAUCCAGCCAGGCUCAGUACAUCUAGUGGACAUGACCUUGUGACUAAUGGUUCGCCGACUCCUCGGAAGAGGCGUCACUCUAUGAGCUCCCGAUCCUCUGCCUCGGGUUCUCAUAAUAUGCAAUACAGUCAGUCCCACCAGCCUUCUCCGACGACCAGCGGAUCUUCGAUUUCUCGUAUGUCUCCGACGUCACAAACUUCGCCCACAUCUCAACCUUCCCCACUAGCGCGAUAUUCUCCUGUCUCGUAUUCUCCUGCCCCCUCCCCUUCUCCUCCCCUUAGACCACCUAGCACGCAUAAAUCCUCGGGUGUACCUCCCCAGGACCCCGCACAGUACAUGCAGCCUCCUCCCCCUCCUCUUCCUCAGCCUCCCUCCCCGUAUUUGCCUCCACCUACGCCAUCACAAGCGCCGAACCCGUUCCUGCCACAGUCAACACCUUCGCGGACAGCGACUUCAUUCUUGACUCCAUCAACACCUUCGCGAAACCUGAACCUGCCCAAUGCACCACCUCCAACUCCCAGUUCGCCCAAGUUUUCGCCAUCGGCUCCGCGUUCUAUGGAUACGUACACCUCGUCUUCGCGGAUAGAUGCUUCACACAUGCCCUCAUCAUCAUCACGAGCAGCUUUUUCUCAUCAGGGCCACAUGCUUGAUACAAGUUCGUCUAGUCUCCCAGAGCCCUCUCCACCAAAAAAGGCGAGACUCGAUACACCAGAGGGCGAUUAUGCGCCCUCCAGUGAGAGGACGCAUUAUCCUCUCAGCCACUCGCGUACUCCAUCAGUGACCGGAGGGAGUAGAUCGGUCUCUACUUCAUCAACAGCUGCAUUCACCACUCAUGCUACUAAUCCUUUCAGUGCCUCGCUGCCGCGCGCUAGUGGAGUUUCGACUCUAGCGCAGCUCACUCCGUCUACGCCUCAACACUCUACUCCUGUACCUUUCCAGGCACCAUCGGCGAGUCCAGAGGUUGAUAACGCUGUUGGAACGUAUCUACGAUCCAUAUUGUGUAGAGGGGAGGCGUGGGACGAUUUUGUGAAAGGGCGUAGUAGCGUGCUUCGUAUGUCGGAGCAGCUGAGGCAGUACCGUUACAUGAAGAGCAAUUUUGAUCAGUACGUGAACACCCACACUCCACCAGAUCUUGCGAAUGCUCCCAAUGUGACUAUUACGAGAGCUCAGGUCUUGCGCGCGUUUAAUCUGCCUACAACAUGGGGCGACGACUGUAUGGAGAUCCUGGCUUUGACCAACUUGUAUGGCCCUGUCGGCAAACGUUACGUCGAUCCUCGCGUUGUUGCCAUGCUCGACGAGACUCCCCCAAUUUCGACCGGGAUGCAGGUCAAGAAGUAUUUGGCGCUGCUCCGAGAGAUCCACAGCAGGUGGACUAUUGAUCACCCCGAUUUCUGA